CGAUAGUUUUCCAUCACUAUUGCCAACAAACAGCUGUUGACAAUCAGCUGAUAACGUCUGGAAAUCAUUGAUGAAAUCGCAUCUUGAAUACCGGCUUUAAUUGUGCUGUAAAUGUAGUUAAGCAUAUAUUAUUGUGAACAUUAACGGAAAAAUGUGUGAGCAAAAUAGAGAUGUAGAAUCCACGACAACGGCAGCUCGUACAAAUAUCAGUAUUUUGAUACUGAAUGAUGAUUGUUUGCUUGAAAUAUUUAAGCGGCUUGAAUUGGCUGAACAGGUUCGUUUAGCUAUGAUUUGCCCACGUUUGCGAAAUGUAUUCGAAUAUUACUGCCAGAGGCAUUGCAAGGUAUUGCGGAAAGAAUAUCUUAUUGAUUUGAGUACACGGGAAAUUAGGCGAUUUUUUGAAAUGGCUGGCGGAUAUUUGGAGGAACUUAUUAACCUGCCUUACACCGAUCAUGAGCGUAAUGAAUAUGUUAUCCAAGUACAUAAAUACUGUUCGAAUGUUCGACACAUUUACUUUGGAAUGACCAAAAUAAAGCCCAAGUGUUUACGCAAAUUACUAAUGAAUAUGAAACAUCUUAAUAGUCUUCAUUUACAAAAGUGCUCGUUGGAUGACAAUGCAAUGCAAAGUGUGUCUGAGUUGAUAACUUUAGAAGUAUUGAAAUUAGAGGGGGAGGAAGACGUAACAGGUCGUUACUUAAGCAAGCUUAAAUACCUGAAAGAACUAACGUUUGUAGAAUGUGCAAUACAAGAUGAUUACUUUGUUGAAAUUUGCAGAUCGCUUAAAGACCUUAAAAAACUUACUCUCCAAUGGUGUGAUGCAUUGACGGAAGUGGCUAUUUCAGCACUCCCUGUGCAUUGCGUCAAUUUAGAAAAGCUUAAUAUAUCUUGUAAUCAAACCUUUGAAUAUAAUGCUAUAGCACAGCUGCCAAAAUUGAUUGACUUAGAAUUGAGUGCAGAAGUGUUUAGAACACAAUCAUUUAAUUUAUUGUUAAAUGCUUUAGCUGAUUAUAAGGGUGAACAGCUCGAGUGUUUGCGGAUAUUCUCACCACGACUCAUUGUUGACGAAGGAACGAGGUCUUUGUCGCAGUUUAAAAAAUUAAAAGUAUUCGGAUGCGACUGUAGCAAAUACAUUGAUGUGACCUGUCUUAGAUACAUUUGCUCAUUAAAAGACAUAGAAAUCGUUAGUUUAAGAUACUGCCGAUCCGUUACGAAUGAAGCGGUGUUGGCGUUGUUGGAAGACUGUCCAAAAUUGAAGUAUGUUAACGUUAUGCACUGUGAUCAGUUGACGGAGGAGCUAGUCUAUUAGAUUAUAGAUUUAUUGGAACGAAAGCAACAUGAAAAGCAACGCCAAUGUGAUAGUAGCCCAGUGCUUUUAAUGGUUUCUGGAACGAAAAUAAGGCAUUUGAUUUUGGAGGAUACUAAAUAUUUAGCUGCUUUAAACGGAGGGAUAUUACGGCUUAGCUUUGAGAAUCCAUUUCAGUACCCGUAUGAAAAUUUAUACUAUACAUUUAACGUGCCGGCCGUUGGUGAUCUUAAGUACUUUUACUAAUUACAGUGGCUGCUUUGCAGAUAAUCUAGCAUGUAAAUAAAUAAUAAUUUCCUAAGUUUUCUAUUAUUUUAAAUUGCUCUAUAAGCUUAGCAGGCUAGUCUUACUGAAUUUUUUACAUUGUUUUUUAUUUUUUUGAAAAAUUAUUGCAGAAACUGAACACUUCACAAAAUUUUGAUAUGAAAAAGAGUUUUUGUGUAAAUCCAUAUGCGCUUAUAAUAUGUAGGUACAUGCAGUAUUUAGCUAACAAUUCACUACUGUUUAUUCGAUUCAUUGUUCAUUCAAUACUGCAAGCCUCUCGUUCGUUUCUUGUAAGAAAAUGAAACUAAAAUAUAUUUAAUUACGCGGAAAUAACUACAUAUUUACAUAUUUGUUAACUUAUGUAUGACAGUAACCCGCGUACUUGUAAGAAUAAAUUAAACUUAUGAAGUCCUGCAAAUUGUAAAACUGCCGAAGCGAUUAAAGUUAUUUGCCAAAUAUUC